UCAGUGUCUGAUGACGAAUUUCCCCACGAAUCAUUAUCACUCAAUUCUGCAAGUGGUUCUGAUUUACUAUCGCUGUUCUCUAGCUGGUCUAAAACCGCUUUUGACGUAAAGGGACGCUUUUUGGACGCCAUGGACUUUUCUAAGUUUCCAGGCAGAAAGAACAUUCAAAAUGCAGGCAGGGCACAAGACAAAGCAUACUAAACAAUAUGAUAGUGUGACAAGAACACACCUAUCUAAAAAAAGAAGGUUUCUAACAAAAAUGAAAUUUUUAAAAAAUUUCAAAUUUCCCGCCGUUCCAGUGCCCGUACGUCCCGACUUCACAGGGACUGGAACACAGAAGCCGGAUGCCGGCAUCGGCCAGAGGAGAUGGCCGGGGACGCUGCAGGGGACA